CGCUUCUGAUUUACGGAGUAUAUGAUCUCUCUUUCUCUCUGUGAGGUUCCUAUCGUUUUCUGGGUACCAAUCUCGUUGAACUGAGUAUUCUUUGUUGUAUCUGUAAUCUGUGAAUCCAUUCAUGGAUGGGAAUAAUUGGAGAACGGCCCAAGCUCAGGGUCAGGCGCCGGCCGGCGAUGCCACCGCCCCGGCACCGGUGGCGGCAAACGGCGCUGUCGAGACUGGCGAUUGGCGGGCUCAGCUACAACCAGAAUCACGUCAGAGGAUUGUCAACAAGAUAAUGGAGACUUUAAAGAGGCAUCUUCCCUUCUCUGGACCAGAAGGGCUUCAUGAGCUUAGGAAAAUUGCAGUAAGGUUUGAGGAAAAGAUUUAUGCUGCUGCUGUAAGUCAGUCAGAUUAUCUGAGGAAGAUAUCUUUAAAGAUGUUGUCUAUGGAGACAAAAUCACCAACUCCCAUGGCCAAUUCUCUGCAGUCUAACAAUACAACUAGUGCUCAGAAUCCCCAACUUCCAGGGACACACAAUGUAAUGCAAAACCAGGUUAACAGCCAAGGACAGCCACUCUCUAUUCCUAUGGCGACCAAUCAAUCUCAAACACGACAGCAAUUGGUGUCUCAGAACAUUCAGAAUAAUAUAACAUCAACUGGACUGCAAAGUUCUGCAAAUAUGGUGCCUGCACUCCCUACUGGCAGCAAUUUGGCUCAACCUAGCGUGGCAAAUGUUGUCAACCAAAGUUCUGGUUUGCAGAAUAUUCAAGGUAUUCCCAAUGUUUCUCAAAACUCAGUGGCAAACACCAUGGGCCAAGGGAUGGGUUCCAAUAUGGUAGCCAAUUCUCAGAGACAGGUGCAGGGAAGGCAGCAACAGGUUAUUUCCCAACAGCAGCAGCAGCAGCAACAACAACAAUCUCAGAGUUCACAACAAAUUCUUUACCAGCAGCAUUUACACAAUCAAAUGAUGAAGCAGCGAUCUUUGAUGCAAUCUCAUAUGCAGGAGCGGCAGCAACAGCAAAACUUACUACAACAGAAUCAGAUCCAAUCAUCUCAGCAAGCUGUCAUGCAGCCUUCUCUUCAGCAGAACCAACAAGCUUCUGUUCAGCAACCAACUCAAUCUGUACUUCAGCAACGUUCACAAUCAGUUCUCAGGCAACAACAAUGUCAACAGGCUCCAAUGAUUCAUCAACAGCAAGGAUCACUGCUGCAGCAGUCAUUGAUGCAAAACCAACAGCAGCAACAACAGCAGCAGUUGAUUGGUCAGCAGCAGAGUGUUGCAAAUAUCCAACAGAACCAGUUGAUAGGCCAACAGAACAACUUACUUGACAUGCAGCACCAGCAAUCUAGGGUGAUUGCCCAACAAAAUAACUACUCAAACAUACAACAGCAGCAAUUAAUUAAUCAGCAGAAUAACCUUCAGAAUAUACAUCAGCAGCAAUUGGGCAGUCAAGGUAAUGUCGUUGGGCUACAGCAACAACAGAUGCCUGGAAAUCAAUCCUCUAGUUCUGGAUUGCCUACUAAUCAGCAUCCUAUCCAAAUGUUACAACAUUCAAAGGUUCCAGUCCAGCAACAAAUGCUGCCAAAUUCUACAAUAUUGCCAACGCAAGGUCUUCAUUCGCAAGCACAGCAGACACAGCAGCAGAUGAUGUCUCAGAGUCAAGCACAACCUGGAGCAUUGCAACCACCAUUGGGAUUGCAGCACCAGACAAAUUCAUUACAACGAGAAAUGCAACAGCGAAUUCAAGCAUCAAGUCCCUUGCUUCAGCAGAAUGUGAUUGAUCAGCAGAAGCAACUUUUUCAGCAGCAGAGGACCACUCCAGAAGCCUCAUCAACAUCUCUGGAUUCAACAGCUCAGACGGGAAAUGCAAAUGGAGCUGAUUGGCAGGAAGAGGCUUACCAAAAGAUCAAGUCCAUGAAAGAUAUGCAUUUUAUGGAUCUUAAUGACUUGCAUGUAAAGAUUUCUACCAAAUUGGCUCAGUGUGAGUCUCUUCCUCAGCAACCCCCAACUGAUCACAUUAACAAGCUCAGGAACUUUAAAAGUAUGGUGGAACGUUUUCUACAUGUCUUGCAGCUUAACAAGAGUGAGGUUCAGCUGCAACACAAGGAGAGAAUGUUUUCCAUUGAGAAACAAAUACUUUAUUUUCUAAAUUCCAACAGGCCCCGAAAACCUGUGCAGCAAGGGCAACCUCAACACACACAAACUCAUGACAAUCAAAUUAAUCCUCAAAUGCAAUCUGUAAACCUACAGGGCUCCAUGGCAACAAUGCAGCAGAAUAGUUUGACCACCAUGCAGCACAGUUCAUUAUCAUCUGUAUCUGCUGUUUCAGGCUCUCAGCAGAACAUGAUAAACACACUUCAACAUGGUACUGGUGUGGAUUUGGGGCAAGGUAGUUCAUUAAGUUCACUGCAGGCGGUGGCUACUGGAUCUUUACAGCAGAAUCCUGUCAGUGGUCCUCAACAGAUAAACAUGAGCUCACUAUCAUCACAAAGUGGUGCAAAUACACUGCAGUCAAACCUGAGUACCCUACAGCCCAGUUCUAAUAUACUUCAACAUCAGCAUCCUAAACAACAUGAACAGCAGAUGCUGCAUAACCAGCAAAUGAGACAUCAAAUGCAACAGCAACAACUUUUGCAUAAGCAACAGCUAAUGCAACAGCAGCAGCAAAUAAAGCAAUCACAGACUCCAUUGACAGCACAUCAGAUGCAACAGCUUCACCAGAUAUCUGAUUCUAAUGAUAUGAAGAUGAGGCAACAGAUUGGUAUCAAAUCAGGUGUGCUUCCACAGCAUCAGUCCAUAGGCCAGCGCGUGGCAGCACAGCACCCCCAUCAUAAGUCAAAUAUUUCAUCACCUCAACUUCAACAGGCCUUAUCUCCCCAGCUAUCCCAGCAUCCAUCUCCACAAAUUGACCAGCAAAAUAUUUUGGCUUCUCUGACUAAAGCUGGAACACCUCUGCAAUCUGCAAGCUCACCUUUUGUUGUCCCUUCUCCUUCAACUCCCUUGGCUCCAUCUCCCAUGCCUGGGGAGUCUGACAAAGUUAGUGCUGGCAUUCAGUCACUCCCUAAUGCUGGAAGCAUAGGGCAUCAACAAGCUACUGGUGCAUCUGCACCAGGUCAAUCUCUUGCAAUUGGUACUCCAGGGAUAUCAGCAUCACCUUUGCUUGCUGAAUUUUCCAGUCUAGACGGAGCACAUGCAAAUGUAUCAACCGUUUCUGGAAAGUCGAGUGUAGAACAACCCCUGGAACGCUUGAUUAAAGUGGCAAGUAGGAUGUCUCCUGAGGCAUUCAGUUCAUCAGUUAGUGACAUCAGCUCCGUUGUCAGCAUGAUUGACAGAAUAGCUGGAUCUGCACCAGGAAAUGGAUCAAGGGCAGCUGUUGGUGAAGAUUUGGUUGCCAUGACAAGGUGUCGUCUGCAAGCAAGAAAUUUCUUUACACAAGAUGGACCUACUGGAACAAAGAAAAUGAAACGGUAUACAACUUCAAAUGUAGUGUCAUCUAGUGGAAGUGUGAAUGAUAGUUUUAGACAGCUGAAUGGCUCUGAAACAUCUGAUUUAGAGUCCACAGCAACAUCCAGUGCCAAAAAGCCAAGGAUUGAGGUUAAUCAUGCACUCAUUGAAGAGAUAAAGGAUAUUAAUCGACGAUUGAUAGAUACUGUAGUCGAAAUCAGUGAUGAAGGUGUUGAUCCAAGUACUCGAGCUCCUGCAGCAGUUGGCAGUGAAGGUACCACCAUUAAGUGUUCGUUCAAUGCUGUAGCUCUAAGUCCAAAUUUGAAAUCACAGUUUGCUUCAGCACUAAUGUCACCAAUUCAGCCUUUGAGAUUGCUUGUUCCUGCUAAUUAUCCGAAGUGCUCUCCUAUACUCUUGGAGAAGUUCCCAGUUGAAAUAAGCAUGGAGUACGAGGAUCUGUCGAUAAAGGCCAAGUCAAGGUUCUGUGCAUCUCUCAGAAGUCUAUCUCAACCGAUGUCAUUGAAGGAGAUGGCAAGGACCUGGGAUAUCUGUGCACGUGCAGUCAUCUCCGAGUAUGCGCAACAAAGCGGUGGGGGCAGUUUCAGCUCAAAGUAUGGGACUUGGGAAAACUGUUUGAGUAGCGCAUGAGCAAACUCUUCUAAUAAUAUACGGAGUAACAUCAAAAGGAUUCCCAACUCCGAGUAUGGCCUGGAGUUUCAAUGGCAUAAUGGUUUUGUCAGCGGCAUACUAUUUUUCUCUUCCAUACACAUUCCUGUUUGUUUUCUUACAGCCUUGGAGCCGACUGCCGAGCCAUAGUAAUGUAAGGUUGCUUUGCUUUUAUUUGAUCUGGCAGAGGCAAAAUAGUGGGUAUGUGAGGGGCAAAUCGUAAGAAAGAUUUUAUGUAUAUUCCAAUAACAUGAAACUAUGAAAGGCUGCCUUGUGAGGUAAGUUUUUAUUUUUGCUUGAAAUGAAAGGAUUUGCAUUCCUUUUUCUUCCCUGUUGCCUGCCUGUAUAUGGACUAUAAGUUUAUAUUAUUCUCAUUUACUCCCUA